AUGGCUUCCACAAAUCCCGACAGCGCAAGGAAUCUAGGGACCGUAAGGGUGUUGGGUGAGCGAGGCUUUCCGGCUAAGGGUCAGGCUAAGCAUUCUUUGUCUGUACAAGAAAGGGCCAGGAAGAGGAAGUGGAACAUAUCUGGCGACGAACACCGAAUGUUCGAAGGAGGCGACGUCACCACACGGCACAGUUAUGCUGAGAUUACAGACAACUAUAGGGUUGAAAGUGGCAGACCGCAACUACAUGGCCCAGGAAAGACCGUAAGGCUGUACGCGUCUCAUUCGAACGCUCUCGACCCUGAUCGUAGCAAACGACAUAGACAUGGAGCACCAGACUCCCCACGACAGAACAACCCCCGAAAACGCAGCAAGCAAAACUUGGAGAAGGCACAGCAGCUCGCCCUGAACUAUCCUGAUCUCCGAGAUAUCGAAGCAUGGCAAAAAUUUGGCCAAAACAUAGAGCGAAAGUUCCACAGAGAAUACACAUUUGUAUAUCGACAGUUGCGUCUGAAUCAAUGUCCUAAGGCAUUGGCAUACACCGAGUGGAGGAAGAGGGUAUAG